AUGGCGUAUUCCCUGGCAAUAUCUUAUGCCGGACAGGCUCUGAUAGAUGGCUUCAACUUCAUGUCCAUUCCGGAUCCUACCGACGGCUUCGUAGCUUAUCAGAACCUACCCAGCGCCCUGGCCUACGGCUACGCCACCGUCAACACGACCACCAACAAGGUCAGGCUCAGCGUGGACAGCACCAACACAUACGACCCCGAUGGCUCCCUGGGCGGCCGCCCAAGUAUCCGCAUCGAGAGCAAGCAGCCGGUGAACCAGGGGCUUGUCAUUGGAGAUUUUGCCCAUAUGCCGGGUUCAGUCUGCGGGACAUGGCCUGCGUUCUGGUUGUAUGGCCCGAACUGGCCCGACGGAGGAGAAAUCGACAUAAUAGAGGGUGCCAACAUGGUAUACCGCAACUUGAUAUCUGCCCACACUGGCGAGGUCUGCACCCUCCCCAGGUCAGGUCUCUACACCGGGACGCAGCAGUACACAAACUGCACAUACGAUGAGGAUAUCGGGCUCGUUGAGGGCUGCAACUACGCCCCGCCGCUGAGCGACACCUCGACGUAUGGUGAUGAUUUCAAUGCAGUCGGGGGCGGAGUAUACGCCAUGGACUGGACCAGCGAGUCCAUCAGGAUCUGGCAUUUCCCCAGGAACAAGAUCCCCCAGAAUAUCGUUGACAAGAAGCCCGACCCGAGCACCUGGGGCACGCCGCAGGCUCUGUUCGGCGACAGCAGCGACCCAGACUCGUGCGACGUCGGGAUCAGCUUUUACAACAUGAGCAUUGUGCUGGACAUCGACUUCUGCGGCACAUACGCCGGUGGCAGCCAGUGGGGCAGCAGCUCAUGCUACGCCUACGCGUCGUCCUGCGAGAUUUGGGUUGGCAACUCCCCGUCACAAUUCGCGAACUCGUUCUGGGAGGUGAACUAUAUCGAUGUUUAUAGUCGAGGCGCCGUUUCCCCGUCCAGUUCUGCAUCCGGUCUGCCAGCGAGCCAGCCGGUGUCGCCCAGUUCAGCCAUCGCGGGUGCUCCGAGCUCGACAGGUGCUCAAGGCAGCGGCGGCGCGAUUUUGCCCACCUCCGAUGGUUCUGUGGGCGCGCCCAGCUCGCAGGGGGGCGGUUCAGUGCCCACCCCUAUCGCGACACCGCCCAGCUCCCCUGGUAACUCCGCGUCUGGUCCAGCAGGCAGCCCGGUGCCGCCGCCCUCGGGAUCGGCUGGUGGUUCCAAUGGCGCUCCAGUGCCUACUUCAGCAAACGGUCCGCUGCCUUCUGGGCCGGCUGGAUCCAUUGCUCCCUCCGGACCAUUCUCUGGGAACACCCCGAUACAGUCCCUGCCUUCGGUGCCGGCCGCCUCCAGUGGCCCAUCUGGUGGCGUCUCCCCGACCACCCCGUCGUCAUCCUCGCCCUCGCCAGUAGACAGCCUGGUUCCUAGCCGAGACCCGGCCACCAUCGGCAACUUCGCUCUGCUGGGCUGCUUUGGGUCGACCACCAGGUUCAGCACAUUCGUCCUAUCCGGUGACAACGGCCAGAUGACGCCCGAGGUCUGUGUGGGCUUAUGUCCCGGGAGAGUAUUUGCAGGAGUGCACGAGAGCACAUGCUAUUGUGCUGACGCCCUCGAUGCCGGCACAUCUGCGCUCGCGGACCGCAGCCGCUGCAACUUACCAUGCCCCGGAAACCCAGGACAGUUCUGCGGUGGCAACAAUCUUCUUGCGAGACGCGAUGCACCGAACAGUUUCCUCCUUACUGUGUAUAUCAAUCUCGUGGGCAGGCCCGCUGCAAACCCGCCGCCAGCCCCGGGGAUGGGCGGUUUAGGGCCCGCCAUUGUGACGCAGACCAUCACCUCCACAGUCACGUACACGACGGUCUGCAGCACGAACCCAGCCCUGCUGGUGACGCAAGAGUAUUGCACCACGCUCAAGGUCCCCAACUGCGCUCGAUGCGCUGCAGGACAGGUCACUAAACCAACUAUCCCGAUGACUGCGAUAACACAGGCAUGCAACAAGUGCGGUGCAAAUGGGGAGUCCACUGUCACGCUGACUGUACCGGUUGGGGUUGCAUCUGGCUCGGCGAACGGAGGUAAUAUCGGCUGGCAGCAGCCUGGUUCAAAACCAGCUGAUGUCGGUGCUCCGGCCCCAGGAGGCGGUCCUGGCCCACAGCCUGUACCAAAACCUCCAACGCCCGGUGCUCCGCCUGUCGCUCCGCCCGUUGCUCCUGUUGCUCCAGUCGCCCCAAUCGCCCCAGUCGCCCCGGGUGCUCCAGGUGCUCCAGGUGCCCCGGGUGGAGGACCGGUGCCAGGUCCAAAUGGAAACAGCAAUCCUGUCCCACAGCCCGGUGGGAAGGUCGGUAACGCGACGGUGCCGGCGCCCACGCAACAGGUGGGAUCGACAGCAACGGCCGGGUUGAAGCCUGUGCAGGCGGGUGCGGAGAGAACCAUCAGGAUGAGUGCUGGCGUAGUGGUUGGUGUGCUUGUCGCUGGCUUGUUGAUUUGA